AUGCCUGCCAUCGUCUUCGACCCUGCCUUUCUUGAGCCCGUCAGCCCGGAGCGCAACAAGCAGAUCGUGGCCCACAUCAGGGACAUGCACCACGUUUGUACCAUCCUUCACGACGGCGACAACGACAGCGACGAAUCCGAGGUUGACGAGCUCAUGGACGACUCGACCGCUGUUGCCUUUGACGGCAUCCUAUUGGGCUUCCUUGGUUCUCCGGCCCGUCCUGAGAAUCGCUACUCUGCCUUUGUUCGUCUCUUGCGGGGCUACUAUCCUGCAGACGAUGUCGCUCAAGCGAGCACGGUGUUCAUCGAGCUCCCCGAGAGCCACCUCAUUGAUACCUGCUGCCGCCAGACGCUCGCCAUCGCCCCCAUGGAGAACCCUUUCGAGCGUCUCCAAGCUCACGAGAUCAUCAUGGACACCCGCGACGCCCUCUACGCCCACAACUCGUCAACGCCAUCCUCUUUGCUUCCGAGUGGAGCAGCCUCAACCCCUUGUUCCAGAACAUCAUCUUCCACACCACUUACGGCACCUACCAUCUUCCGCCGCCGUUUCGAUCGCGUGAUAGAAUAUCGGAUGAAACUCCGAGCCCUCUUUCUCAAGUUCGGCGCCGGAGUGCUCCUUGACGCGUGCUGCUGGUUCCCGCCCUUUUCCUACGCGGCCAGUCUCGAAGAUAUUCCCUCCACGGCAUUGCUCGCCGACUUCAUCAGAAACGCGCCCGUCCCGGAUGCCCAGACCCUAGAGUACAACACCCAGCCCUCACUCAAACCUCCUGCAAAUGGACUGCAAGCCAUUAUUCGCUACCGCGACGUCGAGGACAUCGUUGCUCGCGAGCCUCGUGGUGGAGGCAGAAGCGGCUCCGGUCGCGACAGUAGUGCAUUAUUUGGGCUUUUCGGCCCCGAGCUUGUAGGUCGUGGAUUCGGUCGCGGCGCUGCUCGGAUUUUCGGACAUCCUGCCAAUGCUGCGCUGGGGUCGUCCUGGGGCCACGAGGUCGACAAGAGUGGACCGUUCAAAUUCCCCACCGGCAAACUACGGCAGAACCCCAGGCUGUUGAAGGCCGUGAACUCGACGAUAUCGACGAUUCGCUCCUCCAUGAAGUAUUUGAAGACUUCGAUGUCCUCCAUUGAAUUCAGCGUUCUGAUUACUCCACGUUCUGGGUUCAAUCCCCAGACAUGGUUUACGCUGUUUUCGGCCCUAUCUUCGGAGACGGCCGACUGA